GGAUCUUGUUCACGACAUCUUGAAUAGCGCCAGCAGAUAUUUUACCGUCUUUUUGCACAUACACUGCCGACUAUGGCGACCAUAAGUGGCAGCCGCGAUGCUCCCGCCCAGGACACAUCCUCCUCUCACCCCUAUACCUGUAAUACUUGUCAGGUCGCCUUCCGGAACAGCGAUCUGCAAAAGGGCCACAUGAGGAGCGACUGGCAUCGGUAUAAUCUGAAGCGUCGAGUUGCCAGCCUUCCUCCAAUCUCGUCCGAAAUCUUCACAGAAAAAGUCCUCCAAGCCAGAGCAACGUCGACUGCAGAGGCCGAGCGGGCUGGUUGGCAGAAAGAGUGCAAUGUGUGCCACCGCACCUACUACAGCGAGAACUCGUACCAGAACCACAUUGGCAGCCAAAAGCACAAGGCUAAGGAGGCUUCCUUGCUGCGUGGUCAGAACGGCGCUGCAGUCAUCCCCGACGAUGCCAGCUCCAUGAUCAGCUCCACCUUCUCCCUGGGCGAACCCGUUCCGUCCUCCUCUCACCGGUCAGACAUCGAUUCGGAGGCAGAAGAGGAGUUUAGUCACAUCGUGGAGGGUAUGAAGAAUACCGGCAUACAGGAGCGUCCCUCUCCAGUCAAGCGCCCGUCCCAUCCUGGUCCCUCUAUCGACGCCCAGAAGCAAGAAGAGCAGCCCAUGUCCGAGGAGUCUAGUGAGCAGCAGUCUUCUUCUGCCACUCCUGUUCCGUCCAAGACGUCCGGUGGGCCACCGAAUCUGUCGCUUAAGUCAUGCCUCUUCUGCAACCUGGAAUCAUCCGACGUGCCCUCGAACAUCGCCCACAUGGAGCGUUCUCACGGCAUGUUCAUUCCCGAAAAGCAAUACCUGGUGGAUGUAGAAGGCCUUCUAGGAUCUCUGCAACAGCGGGUUCAGGAAUUCAACGAGUGUCUGUACUGCGGCAAGGUCAAGUCCAACGGUUUUGCGGUGCAGACUCACAUGCGAGACACGGGCCACUGCAAGAUUCCCUACACAACCGAGGAGGAGCAGCUAGAGAUUGGAGAGUUUUACGAUUUCCGGAGCACAUACUCGGAUGGUGAUGAGGAGAUGGACUCGGAUGACGAGUCUGUCACGAACGGCGGUGCCAGGCUGGGCGGUAAACGUGCUACUACUGUCACCAAUGAAGAUGGCGAGGAAGUUGAGGAAGCUGGAGACGAAGGCUGGGAGACGGACUCUUCAGCUUCUUCGUUAGACUCUGCCGACCUGACUGCCGUGCCUGCCGAGAACCACUACCACCAGUACGAGCGGCUCGAGAAGCACCCUCACCACUCGCGCAGCGACUCAAGACCUCAUCGCCAGAAGGAUGGUUUCCACUCGCAUUCACACAAGCCCACACGAGCUGUCUUCUAUGACGACUAUGAACUGCACCUACCGAGCGGCAAGUCCGUGGGUCAUCGCUCGCUGAACAAGUACUACCGACAGAACCUGCGCGACUACCCGACACCCGAGGAACGAGCCCAGCGACAAUUGGCGAUCGAGAAUGGCGAGGAUACUGAUGCGAUGGAUGUGGACGGCGAGGAAGGUAGCAGCCAGCAGAUUGUGCACCGGGGCCGCCAGAGGGAUCAGAACAGGCAGCUGGUCAGCCGCGCCGAGGGUGGCAUCGGCAUGUUAGGCGUCUCGGACAAAAAGAAGAAGGAGGUCAAGAAGGCGGAGUUGCGCAGCCGCAAGGUCGAGCACGCAGCCCAGAAGCGGAUGGAGUGGUCUCUCAACAAGGGGGCCAAUCACCAGAAGUACUACAACUACCAGAUUCUGUAGACGAAGCGCGUCCCAAAAGGACGUCACAGAUCAACAGCCAAUGCCAGAAAUUUCGUUUACCUG